AUGCUGGCCGCGAUGGUCCUGCUCCCUCUCCUCCUGAACGCCGUGAUGGGCUUUAAACUGUGCCCCAGCCCCUGCUUGUGCUAUGAAUCUUCAGACCUGGUGGACUGCAGGUCUCGUGGGUUGACCCGGGUCCCAUCCAGCAUCUCCCACGGCACUUGGCUGCUGGAUCUAAGUGCGAACAAGGUGACAGAGGUGCACACCAGGUCUUUCAUAGGACUGUGGUCACUCAAGAUCCUCCUCAUGUCCAACAACAGCAUCCAUAUUCUGCACCCACAGUCUCUGUCAUCCCUGCAGUUUCUGGAGAAGUUGGAUUUGAGUUUCAACCGGCUGCGGUGGCUCCCUCAGGACUUCUCUCAGGGCCUAGACUCCCUCCAGGAGCUCCGGCUGAGCCACAACCUGCUGCAGCACUUAGACUCCAAAUCACUGGAAGACUGUGGCAGCUUGAGGAAACUGGACCUCAGUUACAACCACAUCCGAGGACUGGACAUCAAGGCUUUGAGCAGUCUGUCUCGACUGAGCUUCCUCAACAUGGAGGUAAACAGGCUGAAUGUUCUCAAAGAUGGCCAGCUGAACAGGCAGCAAACUUUGGAGGUCCUGCUGCUCAACUACAACAACAUCUCAAAGAUUGAGGCCGAAUCUCUGGCUCCCUUGCGAAGGCUCUCUCUGCUAGGUCUCAAGGGAAACCAGCUAGAGCACAUAAGAUUCAAGACCUUCCUGAAGCUCCAGACAACCAGCACCUACCUUCAGAUGUCCCUCAACCCCUGGAUCUGUGACUGCGAGCUGCAGCGCAUCUUCGGCAAGAUCAACCACGUGAGACAUCUGCACGUAGAGGACUACAAGGACAUCAUCUGUCACGCUCCCGCUCAGCUAGCCGGAAGUCUCCUGGCUUCAAUGGACAGCCAGCUGUGUAUAGCUGAGACUGCCUCAGUGCUCGUCAUCACCAUCACCGUGAUGCUCGCUGUGAUUGGUGCUCUGGUAAAAGCGGAGCGCAACCAUAAGAACAAACAAGCCUCAAGUGAAGCAGAGUCCCAGGGACAAGAAAAGUGAUACUUUUUACUCAUUAACAGGAACUCUAGGACUAAUAUGUGACCUGAUUCUGGAUGCUGAGCAGCAGACGAGUACAAAUUAUCACAUUCUAUUCUGUUUCAAUGCUCUUUAAAGCUUUUUAUACGUAUGAAGCAGGCACAGUAGGAAAAAGGAGAGAAAUCAAAGUGGAAAUGGCUCAUGUAGUAGCAUAGUAAACAAUCCAAAUUUACCCAUAUGUUCUGGGUAACAUGAACAUUAUAAGUGUCAUCUUGUAUACUUGCCUAAAGAAUUUUUUAAUGAGACGCAAACUUUGUCUUAAUCUACAGAUUACAGCAAAAGAGCGCGAGUAGGGCCUAGAGAAGAGCCUGAGCACUAUUCCGGUGCAUGUAGGACUCAUUCAACAUCAGGCUACCUCCGAACAUUUUUGAAAUUCCCUUUACUGGUCUGACGACACAGCCACAUCUCAACCCCUUUGAAAACUGGUUCGUCUCCAGUACCUG